CGGCGUUGGAAGAGUCCACUUGCAAAGAGACCACGUCGGUGUUUUACUGCCAUGUUGCCAUAUAUCACACUUACGCCCAUGAUCAAAAAGCCAUAAACCUGCCGAAUAAUGGAUGAUCGUGUCGGUACCUAUCAACGCACCCGUCGGAAAUUCGCGGCCAUUGUCUAUCUGAUAACCUUCUGCUGGCUCCUGCUGGGUCUUGCCCAAUGGCUGGUCGUGCUUUUAGUUUCCCCGGCCAAGGAUACGUUUUUGAGCUAUCAUUGGAUGAGUAUCGUAUGCUUCACACUGUCAAUUACAUUGGCGCUUCUCUUCAUAUUCUUCGAGGCAGCUCGCUUUGUCACAUGUGUGAAUUGGCUCAUAACCAUUCUAAUCGUACAGUUCGCCAUCAUGGGCCUGUUUGCACUGGUCGCCAACUCUUCGUGGCCAGAACUAAUCAUGUGGUUUGCGAUUUGCGUCCUGCUGCUCUUCAUCUUCGUACUAUUGGGCUCUGUUAUACCGCACGAUCUGACGCUGGAUGUUGUUAUACUGUUUGUGAUAUCCUUUGUCUUCCUCAUUGUGUCGAUCUUCCUGAUUAUGCUGCACCUACUGACGCUUACAGCUCAUUCCUUCAUCCUCUACCAGCUAUUUGUCAGCGUCAUCAUUUUGACGUUUGUCAUGUACCACGCGCAGACUAUUAACGGCGGCCGCUUUGCAGAAAUGCGGGUCAAUGAUUAUCUUCUGGCCUCGAUCAUACUCUUCUACGAUUUUAGCGUCAUGUUUCUCUUGACAUUCUAUAUGCAGAUCCACUAUAAGAUCGCAACGAUUAGUCCGGCCGGAACUACGACGAAGGCUCCAGACGACAGAAACACCACAGCAAGCAACAACUCAACCCAGGUCCGAUUUUGUUCGAUAUCUCGGCGAAAUAACGUCCGAUUUUGGAUUGGUGGACCAUUUUGGACUCGCACUGAUCGCUUUUGUCUAAUGGCAUUACGUUUUUGGGUAAUCUUUUUAAAGGACAUUACAUUGACCACCUUAAGGACCAUUCUGAUGUCCUUUGGACAACAUGUAGUCAGUCCUUGUCCUGCCAAUUCAGAAUGUGUAAUUAAAAGGACGAAAAUCCUUCAAGGAGCUGAGAAAAGGAGAUUUUUGUCGGGAAAGAUAAAUCGAUGUAGAUCGUCCGUAUCCUUACCAAUCGUGAUGUCCAUUGGCCAACCCCAUAACACGGCCGUAUCCUUGCAGAUCCUGACAAGUCGUGUGUCAAACAAAUCGUCUGAACAAGGACCAAAAACUGUCCAAAGGACAUCAAAAUCGUCCCUGCCGUUUCCAAUAUAUGGCUAAUUUUUUAAAAAGGACAUUUUUCAAUUAGCCACAACUUGGUCAAAUCCUUAAGGAUAUUGAAAGGAUAUGCCUUUUUAAACUCGUGGCAA